CAAGGCCUGUGUGGAUGAGAAAGCAGAGGUCCCUUUUACCACUCCUCUGCCUCUCCCUCUCCCUCCAAUCUCCUCUCCUCUUUUAAAUCAAACAACUCCUCUAACUCUCUUCCUCUGAUAAUCAUUUCUUUGUAGAAAAAAAAAAAGAAAGAAAGAAAAAUGGAAAACCCAAUGCAUAAACGAGAAGUGUUUCAUGAUUAAAACAAAAAUUGGGAGUGGGAUUGAUAUCUUGGAAGCCUUACAAUCUCUUUCUCAAGUCCUCUCCCCACAGAGAUAAUGGCAAUAAGAGCUAUUGGAGUGUCAAGCUUUCCCUCAUCCUCUUAUUUCACUCGAAAAUCUGAAGCCACCUCCUCCACUCUCCCUCUGUGUUUGAGACAUGGCCAGUGCAUGCAUCAGAUGGUUGGUAAACCAGUGACUUCACGCAGAAUCAUUGCCUGCUCAGCUGUUCAAGAAUCAUCAACACCCACAGUUGCUGCUGAGACAAAGGAGGUGAAACCAGCCCAAGAAAAAGGUCCUGCAAAGCCAAAACCUCCAGCCAAAGCUCCAGUAAAGCCACUGCCCCAGAUGAUGGAGGAGGAUGUCAUCCCUUCACUGAAAUCAAUCCUUGAAGCUCAAGAUGAUUUAUCGGAAAUCGAACUAUCAUUCCAGGACAACAGGUUGGAAGGUUCCUUUCAGAAGAAGGGCAUUCCCUAUUCAUUCUGGGCCUUUUUCCCAAAUGGAGUCCUCACAGGUCCAAAAGGGUUUUCUCUGUCCUCCUAUGGAUCAGGGUCAAGCACAGUAGAGCCCUUUCUCAUUGAUGAGAAGAGAAUCACCGCAAAGCAUGUGGUCUUCUGGGUUGAGAAGCGUUUGGCAGCUCAAGGAAUCAUUCCUGUGUGGAAAGAAUAGUUUCAUAUUUGUGCUCUUCCAUUCAAUUCACAUCAUGUAAAAUCAUCACCUUGUCCACACAAAUUUCGGCUUUGGAAAAAUAAAUUAAGAGAAAAAUUAAGAUUUGCAAGUCCAUAUCUUGUA